AUGGUCAGCUUGGAAUGUUUAUUGCUUGCUAGUUCCAUUCCGAAUUUCCGUUUGUUCGAUCAAAGUUUAGCUGGCGAUACAUUCACCGUUAUCUCAUCCGCCGACAACAGUAGUGGGUACUUUUUGAAUGUGACUGCAUACUUCGAAAACGGGUCAUUUUACCGUUGGGAAUCGUUCGCAACAGUUGCUGCAACUUCAAACCUUUUCGCUAGUCACGAACUCUUUAAUGUAGCUGAUUUUAUUGAAUACGAGGAGGUACAAGCUAGUGUAAAUGGUUCCUUUACAGAAACCAUAGCCGAGCCCCACACAUUAGUAACUACUCCAAGUGGUUUGAAACAAAGAGCGAUCAACAACUGUGAGCAAUUCUGCGGUAAAACAGAUCAUUGCCGGGGCAGUAACAAGAGAUGUCGAGGAUGUCGUAUUCUGCAAUGGGCAAUCGGUUUGUGGCAAAAGCAUUGCGUUUUGUAA